ACCGUAAUACAACAAAACAAAACAGUAGUUUAGUAAUGGCGCCGUUUAAAAUGACUUGGUCGGUCCUUUUUCUAAUUUUGAACGUCGUUUUGUACGUAAAUGCCCAAAGAGCAGUCGCCGAAUUACACGAGGACAACUGGCACAAAAUUCUCGAGGACGAGUGGAUGGUAGAAUUUUACGCUCCUUGGUGUCCAGCCUGUAAGGGUCUACAGCCCAUUUGGAAGGAAUUCGCUUUGAUGGGUAGCGAGUUGGGCGUUAAAGUCGGACAGGUUGAUGUUACGGUGUCGCCGGGGCUCAGCGGCCGAUUUAUGGUGACGGCAUUGCCGACAAUAUUUCAUGUACUUAACGGAGAGUUUCGACAGUAUAAGGGAACUCGUGACAAAGUUUCUUUUGUGUCGUUUAUCGAGGAGAAAAAGUGGAAGACUGUUGAUCCAAUUUCAAGGUGGAAAUCGCCCAGUUCCAUUCAAAUGUCACUGGUAUCGUCGUUCUUUAAAUUAUCCCAAUUGUUACGUGUAAGUUGUUUUUACAAACUGAAAGGAGGAUUAUUGAAAAGUUUUAAGGGGAUUCACACUCAUUUAAUGGAGGAAUUCGGUUUACCAACGUGGGGUUCGUAUCUCAUUUUUGCAGUUGCCACGAUAGUGUUGGGGGCACUUUUGGGUUUGGUUUUGGUGUGCAUUAUCGAUUUGGUUUAUCCACCUAAAUCGAUACCUGUACAUAAGACCCCGGUGGAAAGUAAAGAAAAAAGCGCAGAUAAAUUAAGUGACGACGAAUUGGCAGAUGAAGAUAUCAAAGAUGAUCUGCUAGAUGACGCUGAAGAGGUAGUUCACGAAUCCGACUCGGAAUCUGGUGAUAGAAGUAGAUCUUCCAGUCCUACUGUAAAGAAGCGUAAACCGCGAAAAGCAGACUGAUUUUUUUUAAACCUCCGGGUAUAACUGUGAUUUUUGAAAGAUGUAAAUUUUGAUACUGUACAUAAACUUUUCUAAUAAAUGAGGGGGAAGCCCGUAAAUAAGACGCA